UAUUCCACACAUUACUUCUCAUAUACUGUAGAUAGGUAUAGCAAAACAUGACUCUUUAUAAAGAUAUUUUGGCCCGAUUUCCCCGUGGUGGUAUCUCGUAUGUUUUUGCAUAUGGAUCUGGUGUUAAACAACAAAUUGGAUAUGCCGAUAUAAAUCAGCAAAAGAACAAUAUUAUUGAUUUGGUAUUUUGUGUCCGUGAUCCAUUGGGAUGGCAUGCAGAGAACAUAAGCCGACACGAGAGCCACUAUUCGGCAAUGCGACAUUUGGGACCAAAGUUUAUUAUGAAAUAUCAAGAGAAUUUUGGAGCCGGUGUUUAUUUUAAUACAUUGGUGCCAUUGCCCGAUUUGGGUGUGCAAAUUAAAUACGGUGUCAUUUCAAAGGAACAAAUGCUACAAGAUUUACUGGAAUGGAGGCAUCUGUAUAUGGCAGGACGUCUACACAAACCGGUCCAGGAUAUUGUGGCGCCAGACGAUGACGAACAAAUGAAACAAGCCUUGGCCACAAAUUUACGAAAUGCAUUUCACAUAGCUUUGAUAAUGUUACCGGAGAAGUUUACUUCAUAUCAGCUGUUCCAUGCCAUAGCCAAUCUAAGUUAUAAAGGAGAUUUCCGUAUGAUAUUCGGAGAGAACAAAAACAAAGUGGCAAAUAUUGUGAAGGCCCAAGAAAAUGACUUUUUCGAGUUGUACAAGCCGGCCAUGAAAGAUUUGGCUCAAUAUGUGGCCGUCGAUUUUGCCGCGAAGGAAAAGGGUUCGGAAAAUGUUGUAACCCAAUUUGAACAGGACAAAUCAAUAAAAGCAACGGAAUAUCACCUGCGUCAAGCCCCAGCUGAACUACGAAGGCGACUAAUACGCAAUGCCGUUUUCAAGGGUAGCUACAUUGAUAUAGUUGAACCAUUGGCAGCCUUAAAGAAUCUGCAUGAAAUUGUCGCAAUGUCGGUAAAUGAUAUAGUCUGGCGUAGCAGUAUAACACAAACCCUGAAAAAUAUACCAAGUGCUGGUAUAACAAAAUCAUUAGUAUAUGCUGGUCGCAAAGCAAUGAAAACAUUUGCUAAAUAA